GCCGCAGCGGCCGCCGCGGGCUGGGACACUUGUUCCCGCCCCCGCCAGCCGCCGCCCCCACCGCGGCCCAGCGUCUCGGGGCCCCGCCCGCCGCCCGCUGCAGGUGAAGCGGCCGCCGGGAAGGUGCGUGGGGAUGAUCUCACUCGCGCGCUCGGCGCCGGGAGGAGGAGGAGCGGGAGCGGAUCCAACUUCCGGGUAGUGCCGCCGCACGCCACCGGCAUCUUGCUUCUUCUUCCCCCUCCCCCGGGGCCCCCUCGCCUCUCCUCCUUUCCUUUUAUUCCCAGCCCCACCCGCCAAAAUGAACAGCUCGGACGAGGAGAAGCAGCUGCAGCUCAUCACCAGCCUGAAGGAGCAAGCAAUAGGCGAAUAUGAAGACCUCAGAGCAGAGAACCAGAAAACAAAGGAGAAGUGUGACAAAAUUAGGCAAGAACGAGAUGAAGCUGUUAAAAAACUGGAAGAAUUUCAGAAAAUUUCUCACAUGGUUAUAGAGGAAGUUAAUUUCAUGCAGAACCAUCUUGAAAUCGAGAAGACUUGUCGAGAAAGCGCUGAAGCUCUGGCCACAAAGCUAAAUAAAGAAAAUAAAACACUGAAAAGAAUCAGCAUGUUGUACAUGGCCAAGCUGGGACCAGAUGUCAUAACCGAGGAGAUAAACAUUGACGAGGAGGACCCUGCUGGGGACACAGACGGAGCUGCGGAGACMUGUGUGUCAGUGCAGUGUCAGAGGCAGAUCAAAGAGCUUCGAGAUCAAAUUGUAUCUGUUCAGGAGGAAAAGAAGAUAUUAGCCAUUGAGUUGGAAAAUCUGAAGAGCAAACUUGUAGAAGUAAUUGAAGAAGUAAAUAAAGUUAAACAAGAAAAGGCUGUUUUAAAUUCAGAAGUUCUUGAACAGAGAAAAGUCUUAGAAAAAUGCAACAGAGUGUCCAUGUUAGCAGUGGAGGAGUAUGAGGAGAUGCAAGUGAACCUGGAGCUGGAGAAGGACCUCCGGAAGAAAGCAGAGUCAUUUGCACAGGAGAUGUUCAUAGAACAAAACAAGCUAAAGAGACAAAGCCACCUUUUGCUUCAGAGCUCUGUCCCUGACCAGCAGCUUUUGAAAGCUUUAGAUGAAAAUGCAAAACUUACCCAGCAACUUGAAGAAGAGAGAAUUCAGCAUCAGCAAAAGGUCAAAGAAUUAGAGGAACAACUAGAAAAUGAGACACUGCACAAAGAGAUCCAUAACCUCAAACAGCAACUGGAGCUUCUAGAAGAAGAUAAGAAGGAACUGGAAUUGAAAUACCAGAAUUCUGAGGAGAAGGCCAGAAAUUUAAAGCACUCUGUCGAUGAACUCCAGAAACGGGUGAACCAGUCUGAAAAUUCAGUCCCUCCUCCACCUCCGCCUCCACCACCAUUGCCCCCUCCUCCGCCCAAUCCCAUCCGAUCCCUCAUGUCCAUGAUCCGGAAACGGUCCCACCCCAGUGGCAGUGGUGCUAAGAAAGAAAAGGCAACUCCACCAGAAACARCGGAGGAAGUCACGGAUCUGAAGAGACAAGCAGUCGAAGAAAUGAUGGAUAGAAUUAAGAAGGGAGUUCAUCUUAGACCUGUUAAUCAGACAGCCAGACCGAAGGCAAAGCCAGAAUCUUCAAAAGGCUCUGAAAGUGCAGUGAAUGAACUAAAAGGAAUACUGGGGACACUUAACAAAUCCACUAGUUCAAGAAGCUUAAAAUCCCUUGACCCYGAAAACAGUGAAACUGAGUUAGAAAGGAUUUUGCGUCGCAGAAAGUUGACAGCAGAAGCAGAUAGCAGUAGUCCUACCGGGAUAUUAGCCACCUCAGAGUCCAAAUCCAUGCCAGUGUUGGGUUCUGUAUCCAGUGUAACAAAAACAGCCUUGACCAAGAAAACUCUGGAGGCAGAAUUCAACAGUUCGUCCCCCCUAACACCUGAGCCAGGUGAAGGGCCCCGUAAAUUGGAAGGAUGCACAAGUUCCAAGGUUACGUUUCAGCCUCCCAGUAACAUUGGAUACAGGAGAAAAUACAUUGGCAGUGAAAAACAAGAUGAACCAGUUAUAGUUUUAGAUCCUGUUUCCUCACAUGAACCCCAAACCAAAGACCAGGUUGUUGAAAAAGAUCCAACUCAGUGCAAGGAGGAGGAAGGCAAAACUGAACCAGAAUUCAAAGAAGACAGCGUUGAAACAACGAGAGAGACGGACAGCUCCAGCUGCUGAUCUGCAAACCAGAAGGCUGGCUGUUGGGAAGUCCUUUUCAAUAAGCACAUGUCUCAUCUUGGUGUAUUGUCAAGGGCUAUAGACACUUUUCUCUGGUCACUGUACUCAAUAGGUCUUUCCUGGUGUCACUUUUGUAAGUAGCAACUAUAAGCAUAAGUGAGCUAUUUAGCAAAAUACACAUUCUAAGUAGUUUUUGUUUUUUGAUCUUUAUAGGGAUAAGGUAUUUCCUAGUUACUAUAUGUAUUAAGUAUGACUUCUUUUAGAAGGUUACAAAAGACUCAGAUGUUGAUAUCUUUUUAGGAAAUGUGCAUACCACUCAUCAAUUUUAGUAAGACUGAAAGUUCAAGGUGUUUGUAGAUAAUUGGGUAAACAGAACUGACCAACUCCACAUGAUUUAAAAAGCCACCCCCCCCCCAAGAAGCUUAUGUUUAGGGUCUGGUCCUCUCUUGAUGGACAAACUGCAGCAGCUUGGGAAUGGUUGGGGUCUGUGGCAUGCAAAUUAUAUUCAAGGAUAGAUGCAGAUAAACUUCAAACUCAGGAGCUGGCAUCAAACUAGUAGUCCCUUGGGUCUGUGUUAACUGUUGGAUGUUAACUGUUGCCCAGUGCCUCCCAGGGACUUCAGUUGGAAUGUUCUGGUUGCCUGAAUACAGAGUGGAGGGGCAGGUCCAAACCUCGAAUUUCACAGUAAUAUCUUGGUAAACCAUGUUUUCUGUCCUAUGAGUUAAUUGUGUUUUCCCAUAUACGAAUGUGGCACAAGUACCAUAUUUUAUCACAGUUCUUAUGUACAGUGAAGAUAAGUGACAAGCACACAUUUUUCUUGCUUCACUGCUGUUCUACAUUACACAGGUUUAUUUAUUUUUUUCCCUUAAAGAAAUUAAGUGGUAGUUAGUCUCUAAAAAUACAAUGUUUCAGGCUACCACAGUGAAUAAAUAGAAAUGUAAUCAGGGAUUUUUUUUAAAAAAACUUAUGCAGCUUUUCAAAGUUGAUUGUUUCAAAAUUGGUGUUUAUUUAAAAUAAGUGGUAAUGUACUUGAAUGCACUUUUUUAUGACAACGAUUCAGUAAUGGUAAUUUUACUAUUAAAGAAAGUGAAAGGUUUAGUUUUGUUAGCAUGACUCAGCAUGUAGCUGUCAGGUGUUUCUCACCUAAGGGCAGGAGAAAAUGAUAGUAAUAAUUGCAGUAGUCGUAUUGUAUUUUUGCACGUGUGCUUGAGCAUUGGAGAGGUGGGAGGCAGUGAACAUACUUCCUCCAAGUGGAGACAAUUAUCUUCCUGUAGGUUCCUUAUGCUCAACUCCUUCCAUGUUCUUCCAGUGAUGAUUUUCCAGUUUCCUAUCAGUUUACUCGUGGGGAAUUAAAAUGUAAUGAUUUUCAACUGUAUAUUUCCCUAACUGAAUAAUACUGCUAUAUGGUAUUUAACUGCAAACUGAUGAAUUCGCUUAAUGAUGAGUUCUGUUAUGCUGUGAUUUGAACUCUCCUCACCAGAAAGUAUUAAAAGAUAGAAAAAAAAAAAAAAAAGCACCAACAGUUUCCAUUAAGGGUCAAUUGUGGUUAUUGACUUGUUGUUUUGGUUUUGGUUU